AUGCCGAGCUCGAAGGCCGCCCCUCUCCGGGGCACGUGCCCGGGGAUGUGCCCGGCCGAGGAGUUCGCGCGGCGGCGCCGGGAAGGCCGCCUGCACCGGCUGGAGCUGGGCGCGGGGCGCGAGGCGGACCCGGCGCUGGCCGUCAAGGAGUACUCGCGCCCGGCCGCCGGCAAGGCGCCCCCGCGGCCCGAGGAGCUGCGCCCGUCCGACGUGCUGCUGGCCACCGUCCGACACCUGCUGGAGCGGGAGGACCGGGGAUCGGACGCCGGGGACUCCGCCGAGGCUGCGGAGCGCGGCGCCUUCAUAACCGACCGGCUGCGCGCGGUGCGCCUGGACGCGGCACUGCAGCGGCUCCCCGGCGCGCCCUGCGCCGCCCUCCACGAGCGCGCCCUGAUCUGGCUGCUCCGCGCCGGGACGCGCCUCUGCGCCCAGCCGCCCGCCCGCUUCGACUCCCACCUGCACCGCGCCCACCUGCAGGAGACCUUCGCCGCCCUCCGGCGCGCCUACCGGGAGCACGAGGACGGAGCCCGGCCCGCCGCCCAGCCCUGCUUCCAAGCCCUCUUCCUUCUCUACAACCUGGGCUCUCCAGUAGCUCUCUGGGAGACCCUGCAGCUCCCUCAUGCCAUCCGAACCUCCCCAGAUGUGUCCACGGCGCUGACCAUCAAUUGGGCCUUCCUGGAGCGGAAUUUCGCCCGCUUCUUCCGCCUGGCCCGGGAGCUGCCUUACCUGCCCAGCUGCGCCCUUCACCCCCACCUGGCUGGGGCCCACCACCUGGCCUUGAUGACCUUCAGCCACGGCUUCAGCGCCAGGAACUCCCGCUACCCUCUGGCACGGCUGGCAGGGCUGCUGGCCAUGGACAGCGUGGAAGAGGCGGCGGACUUGUGCCAGGCCCACGGCUUGACCGUGUUGGAGGGGGACGUGGUCUUCCAGAAGGGCUCCUUCAAGGACAGUGUGCCUUUGGUGCAUAAGCCUUCCCACCUGCUUGUGGAUGGCAAAUGGGGGGAGUCUACUCUGCUGGAGCUCUCAGAGAGGGUCUGCAGCUGACCCCCUUUGGAAUGACUCUGUGUGCAUGAGCUGAGACUGGAAAGGGGUUUGCAGCUCAGGGUUUUUUCCCUAGAGAAGUUAGACAGGCUCCCUCAUUGUCGUCUGCCUGGCAGUAGGCUUCAGGUGCAGACAGUGUACAGUGGUACCUUGGGUGAAGUUCUUAAUUCGUUCCGGAGGUCCGUACUUAACCUGAAACUGUUCUUAACCUGAAGCACCACUUUAGCUAAUGGGGCCUCCUGCUGCUGCCGCGCCGCCAGAGCACAAUUUCUGUUCUCAUUCUGAAGCAAAGUUCUUAACCUGAAGCACUGUUUCUGGGUUAGCGGAGUCUGUAACCAGAAGCGUAUGUAACCUGAAGCGUAUGUAACCCGAGGUACCACUGUAUUUUAAUUGCUGGUUCUAAGAGCGUUCUGCUGUAUUUUUAUUUCAUUUACACCCCACUUUUCCUCCAUGAAGCAUUGUUGUUGUCGUCCACCCAUCCGGCUUCGUUGCCCCAGCCACUCUAGGCAGCUUCCAUAAUAUAAAAACACAGUGAGACAUCCUAUGUUUAAAAACUUCCCGAUACAUGUCUUCAUUCCCUUCACUACCUUGAGCUCCUUGGAGGAAAAAGGUUGGGAUAUGAAUGCAAUAAAUAAGUCAGUGUUGUUUUUAAA